AUGGGCGACGGCGCCGCCUCCCACCCCACCUGGCGCUACAACGGCGAGGACCGCAUCAGCGCCCUCCCCAACGACCUCCGCGGCCAGAUCAUCACCCGCCUCCCUUUCACGGACGCCGCACGCACCGCCGCCUUCGCCUCCCACUGGCGCCAGAUCUGGCGCACCACCCCGCUCGUCCUGCGCGACACCAAUGCCCACCUCCCUGAGGCUACGCGCGUCGCCACCGUCGCCGGGGCCCUCGCCGGCCACCCGGGGCCCUUCCGCACCGUCAACCUCUUCGGCUGCAGGUCCACCUCCCUGGAUCUCGAGCUCCCCGAGUGGCCGCGCCUCCUCGCCGCCAAGUUCACCAAGAACCUCUCCUUCCUAAACAAGCAAACCCAGCCCCAGACCACCUUGUCACCCCUCCCCAUCCCCGACGACCUCCCGCUCGCCGCCGAUGCCUUCCCCAAUCUCCGGAGGCUCGGCUUGGUAAGGAUCGACAUGAGCGACAAGUACAUCCACCGCUUGCUUGCUGCUAGCCCCGUUUUGGAGACCCUUGGUCUCAUGCUCAAGGGGAAGCCCGAGCGCGUCCAUGUCUGCAGCCAAAGCCUCCGGUGCUUGCUCCUUGGGUUGUCCAAGGUGGAGGAGUUCACCGUGGUGGACGCCCCGCUCUUGGAGCGCAUCAUCUUCUUCAAGCCGCCUUAUGGUGGAACCGAUUGCGUGAGGUUCAAGAUUGCUUCAGCACCCAAGCUGCGAGUGAUCGGCUACCUACAUGCAAGAAUUCACAAGCUGCAGAUCGGUAACAUCAUCAUCAAACCUGACACAAUCGCGAGCCCAUGCACUUUGGUCCCUAGUGUCGAGAUAUUGGCCGUGAAGGUGAACUUUGUUGUAUUCGGGGAGGUGAAGAUGUUGGCCAGCUUUCUAAGAUGCUUCCCCAGUGUUGGCACACUGCACAUCGAGUCUGUACCGCAGGAUCCAUCAGUAGCCGCUCAUGAACCCACUAGAGAGCACCAUGCUAGGUUCUGGCAGGAGGCCAGUCCAGUCGAAAGCUUGAGGUCACACAUCAGGAGCUUGUUCAUCCACAAAUUCCGAGGGGAUCAAAACGAGUUUGAAUUCCUCAAGUAUGUGGCCAUGAACGCGCGGGAGUUGCGAGCUUUGCUGGUCGUGUCGCCUGACGAAAAAAUUGCAUUGGCACUGGCAGACGAGGUGAAUGAGAUGGCAAACAAAUUGGAUCAUCCACGGUUUCAGCCAUGGAUUGCUCGAGGAUUCUUGGAGGCACCUCGAGUACGAAAUGCUUUGAUCUAUGCUAAAGUACCCUUUCUCAGUGUCGAUGACCCUUUUCGCUGGUGA